ACUAGUACUACUACCAUUAAUUUCUGUCUCAUCAUUUAGUUAUACGGCGAAAUAUUUGAAUCACCUGAACGACGUAAAAAAAUAGAUAUAUAUAUAAACAAAUAUGAAAUGAACAAAAACAAAAAAUUCAAGUGCUCUUCUCCUUUAUCAUUAUUAUUAAUAUUUAUCAUUAUUGUCGCUUAUUUUCAUAACCUUACUUUUGUUUUUUGUCGUCAAAGCUUAACCUCAUUUCUACAAUCAUACAUUGUAAAACAAAACAGACAAGGAAUAUAUUAUUACUAACACUACCAUUAUUAUCAUUAUAUUGUAAUUAACAAUCUAAAGUCAGUCAGUCAGUCAGUUAGUCAUGGAUUAUAUUGAACAAUUCUCUAAAAUUGAUAAAAAUCGAGAUGGAAUCAUUACAAGACGGGAUUUAUUUAAAUAUGCUUUAAGUAUUGGUGAAGAUAUGUCUAUGGUAGAUAGAUGGUUACAACUUUUCGAUACGAAUGAUAAAGGUGUGAUCACUAUAGAAGAUGUCAGUCGGACGUUGGGUGUUCCGCCGCCAAAAUUCUAUGAUGAACGACACAAUCGAAGACAUAGUGGAAAAUACGAUUCAAGUAAUGAUUUCUUUCAACAAGCAGCAGCUCAAUUCCGUUCAACUGAAGAUAUGACACGUCAUCACCAAUCGUCAAGAUCAGGAUCACCAGGCCGGUUAUCACUGCAACAACGUAGUUAUUCAUCGGAAAAUGUUAUUUCAAAUUACACUAGUGUAUUGUCUCAAGACAGUUGGGAUCCAGAUGACGAGCCGAUGUAUAUCCAGCAUUCAUAUGAUAAGCUGGAAGAGAAGUUAAAUCAACUGGUUAGAACAGCAGUUAAACGACAAAUUGAUUUCCAGACAAUACCACAGUUUAUAGCAUUAGCUUUAGAAAAAGAAUACGGUCGAAAUUGGCAAGUGAUUGUUGGCCCGUGUAAAGUUGGUUGUGCUGUAGCCCAUUUGCUUGGACGAUUUGCUACUGCCCAGUGUGAAUCAUGUCAUGUGUUGGCUUUUCAAACAUUAGAUUUGUAAAUUCUUUUUAUUCUAAUUUAUAUAUAUUUUUUCUUUUUUUUUCAAAAAAAUUUUGCAAUCUAUUCACAACACCUAUAAUCUGUAUUGUGUACUUUAUUA